CCACCGGCGGCGCUGUUUCUUUUAUCCUCCACAUUACUCCUCUCUCCCCCCUCUCUCUCUCUCUCCGUCUCUAUCCGGUUAUGGAGGUCUGCUAAAAGGCAUUUAACCACAGCUGCAUCAAACCCUUGACCGUCCCUCAGUCAGGAUCCAGAAAAACAGACACAUUUCACACUCAUAGUCCAAGAUGCCAGUGGCUGUCGGUUCGUACGGACAGACGCAGCCCAGCUGUUUCGACCGGGUGAAGAUGGGCUUCAUGAUGGGCUUCGCUGUGGGAAUGGCUGCUGGAGCCAUGUUCGGCACGUUCUCCUGUCUCAGGAUUGGGAUGCGUGGCAGGGAGCUGAUGGGAGGCGUGGGAAAGACCAUGAUGCAAAGCGGGGGGACGUUCGGAACCUUCAUGUCCAUCGGGAUGGGCAUCCGCUGCUGAGAGUGGGGGGAGGGAGGCACCACCUCCGCCGCCACUCACUGUUAUACAGCUAUGGGACUUUUCAAAUAACCUACAACCUGUCUGUCUGCUCGACGCUGUCUCUCUCUCUACGACAGUCCAGUUUUGUCAAUAAAAGUUCAGAUUCCUCAA